UCUAUGCAGUCUAACCAAGUCCAAACAAUCAAUGUGCCGGAGGAGGAGAGGAGCUCUCGCAUCCCCAGUGCGGAGACCGUGGGCGCUGCAGUCUCGCUUCUCCAACGCGAUGGGAUUGUGGUAUUGAAGCAGGUGGUCGAGCUGGACGCGGUGAAGACGAUCAACAAGAUCUUGGUGACAAAGGCGGAAGACCUCGCCUCAGACCCAGCAACGCACUUCAACCAAACCAAGGCAGCCCGCAACAUCUCCCAACCACCCCCAACCACCCCAGAGCUCAUGUUCGACACCCUCUGGGCCAACCCUUUUGCUGCAGCCGUUAGCGCCGCAAUUCUAGGUCCACGUCCUCGAGUUCACUACGCGAAUGGGAACACCGCUCUCCAAUCGACUGAGAGACAAACCGUGCACGCGGAUCUCGACCACAACCAUCUACGCUUUCCUUUUGCGAUCGUCGCCAACUUCUAUAUGACCGACACAAGCGCUACCAACGGAUCGACCGAAAUUUGGGUUGGGAGCCAUCGCGAUACUAGCGUUGCUGACCACGUCGACACCCGUGAUGCCCCGGGAGGCUUAUCGACGAUCAGACCUGAGCUUGUGGAGGCCCGUCGAGCGCGGGUCCCACCCGUGCAGCCCGUGUUCCAAGCAGGGGAUCUGGUACUCCGAGAUGUGCGAUUGUGGCAUGCAGGGAUGCCCAACCGCACCUGCAUCCCUAGGGUGAUGCUCGCCUUCGUGAUUUUUCCAUGGUGGUACAAGCCCCUUGUGAGACUAUCGCUCCCAGCCGAGGCUAAGCCACUAGUGCACAGAUGGACAGCGGAUACGGGACUUGAAUACGACGUGCACUGGCUGGACGGGGAAAACUUGCAGAAGGAAUUCUUCGUGACCCUUGAGUCAGCAAACCACGCUCUAGCGUAUUGAACUGAUGUCACCAAUUGAGUCUUUUUCCGCUCCACUGCAGAGUCGACCAAGUCGCAUUUUGAACGCCCUAGCACAACCUCAGUAACGGUUCGUUGCAAACCCUUAGACGCGAUUGCAUUCUGGCG